UUUGUUAGACGCAGUGAACUGGACAGGGGGAGGACCCAUGAGUCCUGGACAGGAAAAAGAGAGGGGGAAAAAGUUGUGAGAAGUUUUCGUUUUUUGGAAACUCGCCGCGCUCAAAACGACGCUUAGCGGCAGCAGCUCGACCAGGGGAAGAUGGCGCGGUGCUGCGGCCGUGCCACGUCUCGGUGUGCCGGAGAGACACCAACACAUCCUAGAAAGAUAGCAGCAUCCGCGGUUUGCUUAUGUUUAUGCCUGCUUUUUGUUUCUGCCGCGGAGGCUGGACUGUACUCCGCUUCUGACCAAAUCAUCUUGUUAACUCCGGAAAAUGUGGAGUCGGUUGUGGUCAACUCCACGGCUGCUAUAGUUGCGGAGUUUUAUGCUUCGUGGUGCGGACACUGUGUCGCCUUUUCUCCGGUUUACAUAAGUCUGGCCAGAGACAUAAAAGAGUGGAAGCCAGCUGUGGACCUGGCGGCUAUAGACUGUGCUGCACAGGAGAACAGGAAGGUCUGCGCUGGCUACAGCAUCACAGGGUAUCCCACAAUAAAGUUCUUCCAUGCUUAUUCCAAGGCUGGUUCUCAAGGACAGGCUUUUAAAGGUUUCCCUCGUGAUGUUCGGGGGCUCCGUCACAGGAUCAUAGACAAACUGGAAACCCAUGAAGAACCCUGGCCUCCCGCCUGCCCCCCACUGGAGCCUAUCAGCCAAGCGGAGAUCGACAGCUUCUUUGAGAGCAACAGCGUUGAACACCUGGCUCUGAUCUUUGAGGACCCUAAAUCAUACAUUGGCAGGGAGGUGACCCUGGACCUGUUACAGUUCGAGAACAUUGCAGUGCGGAGAGUCCUGAGCACUGAGGAAGGUCUGGUAACCAAACUGGGGGUGACUGAGUUUCCAUCCUGCUACCUUUACUAUGCUGGAGGCAACUUUACCAGACUCAGAGUCAACGUGGAGGCUCGUACUUUCUACUCAUACGCCCUCCAGGGGCUGCCGGGGGUGGUGCGGUCAGGGAAGCCUCCACCAGACAUCACAGACACUGUCACCAACAGCACAGAGGAGCCCUGGAGACCCUUCAACAGGUCCAGGGUGUACAUGGCAGACCUGGAGUCAACACUGCAUUACUCUCUGCGUGUGGAGCUGGCUGCUCAUACUGUCAUCAGGAGAGAAGCCCUGACUUCUCUCAAGAAGUACAUCUCAGUUCUGACAAAUUACUUUCCAGGCCGUCCAGUUGUGAUGAACCUUCUGAAGUCUGUAAACUCUUGGAUGCGGAACCAGACUGGCGAUGAGGUUCGUUAUGAAGCACUUAGAGAGAUACUGGACAACUCGGCACAGUCUCCACGUGCUGCUUUGCCUGAGGGAGUGAGGUGGGUGGGCUGUCAGGGUUCACAGCCCCACCUGAGACGUUACCCUUGUGGGGUGUGGACUCUUUUCCAUGUUCUUACUGUUCAGGCCAAGAACGCUGGAGGCACAGAUCCCCUGGAGGUGCUGAGUGCGAUGAGAAGCUACGUCCGCAGCUUCUUUGGCUGCAGGCCGUGUGCUGAGCACUUUGAGAACAUGGCAAGGGAGGGUCUGGAUGAUGUGAACACAUUGUCAUCAGCGGUCCUGUGGCUUUGGAAAAGACACAAUCGAGUCAACAACAGACUGGCAGGUGCUUUAAGUGAAGACCCCAAAUUCCCAAAGAUCCAAUGGCCUUCGCCUGAAAUGUGUCCAGCCUGCCAUACAGUGAAAGAAAAUGGGGAGCACAGGUGGAACUAUGACGAGGUUCUGCCCUUCCUCAUGUCCUACUUCUCGUCCAGCCGUAUCCUCACAGACUAUCUAGAAGAUGAAAGUCAGAUUCUGGCAAAACAGAGGGACAAACAUGCGAGUCAGCAGCAAGCUAUAGAGGCUCAGAAGCAUGUAGAGAGGAAAGCCAGGGAGGCCUCAGACUCCAUGAGAAAUCCUUUACCAUCACAGUCCAGCAUGCAAGCAGAGGAGGAAGAGCAGCAGGAGGAGGAGGAGGAGGAGGAAGAGGGGCCACAGGAUGAGGCUGUUGCAGAUGAAGAGGAGGAAGGUGGGGAAGGAGCAGCAGCAGCAGAUGAGAUGGGUGGUAAGAAGUCUGACCCAACCUCCUGGGCCAAACCUGAAAUGGAUGUUGGUCGAGGCCGGCGGCAGGUCCAGAGGAGGCCGAGCUUCGUGGGGAUGAAGAUACGAGAGCUGCACGAAGACAUUGUGGAUCUCGACUCAUUUGUAAACCAGCACUACAAGGCCAAGGCACUUCAGGUGGCUGCCACCAGCCGGGUCAAACACCGCACCCUGCAAAGGAAGGAGGAACAGGAGCCAGGACCCGUGUUUGGGCUUGGCAUGGAGCUGGAUGCAGGGCUUGGCAUGGUGGGCUUGCAGCCUAUAGAAGCAAACUUUGAGGUGGAUGUGGGGCAGCAGAGAAAGCGGCUGCAGAAGCGAGAACUGAUAGGUCAGUACUUUGUUGAGGGGUCAGAGUUGAGCCAGAGGGGACGCUGGAUGUCCAUGCUGAGCAUUGGCUUCUCCAAAGUGGACAUCAGCCUUUGUGUCAUUCUUUAUUUCCUGUCCUCAAUGUGUCUUCUGACCAUGUACCUCUUCUUCAAAAACCGCCUCAGGCUACGGCGAGCUAAAGUAGCCCUGCCCUGAACCAAACCGCAUCCAAAUUUGAUCUGAAUUGGCAAUGAUUAACUUCUAUUAGGUCCAUGUAGGCUAAUUGUGUGAGGGGAUGUGUCAAGUUUAGUGCCAUCUUAGGUGGUCCACUUAACUGUUACCCACAACCGAAAUAAUCAACGGCUCGUUUUACUCUGAAUGUUGUGGAUGUGUUCCAUCGAACUGGAGAGGAGAAGAAGGGAAAGUAGAUAACCUUUUAAAAAGUUUCUAAAAAUCACAUCAGUUUCUGAACCUUACUCUUAAUCUGGCCUCCAGAGCUUUUCAGGCAGCACCUCAACUGUGGAAAAUCUGGAAAAUAGUUGUAUAUUUCCAUAAGAGGGUUUCUUUUUCUUUGGGAUUUGUGCUUGAGUUAAAGAUAAUCAGUUGUGCUUUUGAUUCUGUUUGACCACUUAUGAAGGAUUAAAUUAAACUCUUUAUUAGAGGAACUGAAUUUUUUAUUUGUAUGACGUAAAUACAGCUGACCGAGUUAUUUUUGUUGCUUUACUGACUUAAUGGUCAUUUGGGAUUUCUUUUUUUUUUUUUUUUUUGCUCACACCAGGGCGAAACCACCCCUGUGCACUAUGACCAAAUACAUUUAAUUUUAUCACAAUUUUUAUACAUUUACACAUAAAUACAUUUCAGUCAUUUGAAUUAAACACUCAAGCAGAUGAUUCUUCAGUGAUUUAAGAUUU